UUGGGGACAAAAAAGCUACAAAGCAUAGUUUUUCCAGAACUUUUUGCUAACAAGACGCCUCUACUGUUUAGUGCCUCGUCGAGAGAGCCUGGAGCGUGGCUGAUUGUGCGGGUUGGGAGGGCAACCCAACCGAUGGAAGACGUUACCGUUCUGUCUGUCCCACCUUCAACGGUGCCCCAUGUGAUAAUUAAAUCACUUACCUGUGGUGAAAAUGUAACGAUAAUUUGA